ACUAGGUCAAAGGUCACCCCGCGCGCCUUCCGUCUCCCUGCAACAAGGAGCAUCUCUGUUGUAAAGUACUACGAGUAUUAUUGGAUAGUUUAAACACCUUUUCUUUGCAGCGACCAAACAGAUCUACACAACCUUUCCUUACGGUCCUCUCCAUCAACUGACCUUACCGACAGACCGGUGCGUUUUCGCGAGCCAGCGCGUGGCUCAACGGCUAGUGUCGUUAGCUCACCGAUGACGCUAAGUUAGCAUCAGCUAGCUAACUUAACAGCAUAAAUCGUCGUUUCUUGGACCAGGGCUCGGUAAACUCGCAGACAUGCAGGAGAUACUGGCUCCCGUGGAUCACAUCAAGUUUGACCUGGAGAUCGCCGUGGAGCAGCAGCUCGGCGCACAGCCUCUGCCUUUCCCCGGGAUGGACAAAUCCGGGGCCGCUGUGUGUGAGUUCUUCAUGAGAGCAGCCUGUAUGAAAGGUGGGAUGUGUCCGUUCCGUCACAUCAGCGGAGAGAAGACAGUGGUGUGUAAGCACUGGCUCCGAGGGCUGUGUAAGAAGGGAGACCAGUGCGAGUUCCUCCACGAGUACGACAUGACCAAGAUGCCUGAGUGCUACUUCUACUCCAAGUUUGGCGAGUGUAGCAACAAGGAGUGUCCAUUCCUGCACAUUGAUCCCGAGUCCAAGAUCAAAGACUGUCCCUGGUACGACCGAGGCUUCUGCAAACACGGCCCCGAAUGCAGACACAGACACACGAGAAGAGUGAUCUGUGUCAACUACCUGGUCGGCUUCUGUCCGGAGGGCAAAUCCUGCAAAUUUAUGCAUCCCCGCUUUGAAUUGCCAAUGGGAGCCCCUGAACAGCCUCCUCUCCCACAGCAAGCCCAGAACCAGACAAAGCCGGUUCCUACGAUUGGUCGGUCAUCUCUCUCUCUGAUCCAGCUGACCAACUCCAGUCCAGGCCAGGGCAGCUACCAGCGACCACAGCACAACGCAGUGGGCACCACCAACCAGCACAAUAACAUGGGAGGCAACAGAGGACCCCGACCGCUGGACCAGGUCACCUGCUACAAGUGUGGUGAGAAGGGCCACUAUGCCAAUAAAUGCACCAAGGGCCACCUUGCCUUCCUGAGUGGACAAUAGCCUUGAGCCCGUACGUCCAAACAGCCAUGCUGUGGCUCGGUCCACUGACCUGAGUACAGGAGAGGGAUGGAAGCAGGACAAACAGAGGAAGCCACUGUGGAGAUUUUCAGGCUUGACUGAUGUACAGUGUGUCAUUAUCGACGGACACAGGCCACAGAGAGGUCAAAUAAAGUCACCCUUUCUCAUCUGAUGGAAGUCUUGGAUACAUGGAAAUGACACCACAAAACAAGAGACUUGAGUUGCACCAUUUGUGUGGCUGUGGAGGAAUGACAUGAUUAGUGGGUGAAAGUCUGCAGUCCCUGCUGUGAUUGCAGCAUUUUCUGCAUGGAUUGUACUGUAAAAUAGACUCAGAGCACCAGAUGUCCAGACAUUACAGCCAGGGUCCAUACACAUCAGGUAUCUUAGAAUUUGAAUGCUGCACUGCUUCUUACAUGAUAUUCAUGUUCAGAGGGUCAUGUGACCUCACCAGUGAUCCUAGAUCAGUAUUUCUAUUCUGAUAUCUCAUGCAUAUUGGCCCAGAUCUUUCUGUCUGACAGUGUAAACCAAAUCAUCCCCUGAAAUGUAAGAUGCCAAUGGACAUUCACAUUGAUGCUGUUUGUACUUGUUUGCCCCUCAUUUGUCCCGUAAUCAUCUGUGCUCAUAUCAGAUAAAACCGUUCAGGCUACAAGGCAACAGGAUGCAAUAUAUUUUUCACACCUGCAUCCUCUGACACUUUAAGGCCUUAAUGUAAACUGUGUGCAAAACAACUUGCAGAGUUCCUGUUUUAAAAUUCUUAGACAACUGGAUAGAUACAUUACACCAAAAUGAUGCCGCUCACUAUUUGGAGACUCAUAUCUAAACUUACCCACUAUUAUAAUUUUGUUUUCCGCAUACUUUAAAACCUGUUGUUAGUGACUCUCUAGGUGUGUACUGGAAAGCCUUUGCCAUUAGUUAACCUUUAUCUGAAUACACUUAUGUUAAUUCUAACAACGGGCACUUGUGGAAUGUAAAGCACAUUUCCCCUCACUUGUGUGACAAUACUUCAGGAUUUUGUUGAUAAGGAUAAUGCCAGUCAACAGAUGUACAAUAUUUGAAUACACCUUCAUGAACUGUAAUUCAGUGUGUACAAAUUAAAGGUUCAAAGUUGCCAUCACAGAUUUA